CAGAUAUACGCGCAAUUAUCCUGUCAACAGUGCUUAAAAUCUCUUCUGGUGCUCGGUGCCGUUGGUCCGCGUAACGGUGAUCGAUAACGUUCGCCGACCGAUACGGCGUCGAUCGGCGUCCUCCGUUUGCGUGUUACGCGUUUACGUUCGUCGAAGAGGAAUCGCGUGUUCGCGAGCCACGUGAAAGAAAGAAUUAAACGUCACCCCUUGACUCGUGGUUCGCGGUGAUUCGAAUCGCCGCUGUCGCCACCGUCUACCCCUGGCCCGGUAGUCUGCGAUCAGUCGGCACCGCGCGCUGUUUGGGUGAAGAGAGUUCGACGUUACGGUUCGCCAAAACGGUGGUGAGGUUUCACGCGAAAAGAACAAGGGUAGUGUUUUCGAUCGGUGCCCGCGUGUCAUCAAGACCGUCUCGCGGGAUCGAUGAGAAUCAGUUUCACGUUACGUCGAUAUGCCAUCGUGAAUCGUCGCGUUGCUCACGCUGUUAACACGAGACGGGAGUCGCGGGUGCUGUGACAUUGUGCGGAAACGAGGGAAACACCAGUGACCAAACGACGGAGCGACGUUUCCACGUAUUCGAGAUGACUCGCCACCUGUGGCUAAGGGCAGCGCUUACCUUCCUCGCUGUGUCAGGUGCGAGCUGCCUGCGGGAUGUCAGCCUGGAAAUAGUUCCGGAGACAGUGCAACGUGGUCAGAAGGCGAUGCUGCGCUGCCAUUACGAUCUCGAGGACGCUCCUCUUUACUCUCUCAAGUGGUACCGUGGCAGUCACGAGUUCUACCGUUUCGCGCCCAGCGAGGAGCCGCCCACCAAAAUCUUCAACAUUACUGGGAUCUACGUUGACAUUGCCAACUCCAACAAGAGUCAGGUAACGCUGCGCGACAUCGACUUCGCCCUCUCGGGUACAUUCAGCUGCGAGGUCACCACGGACGCGCCGAAUUUCUACACGAACAACGUCUCGAAAAAUCUCACGGUUGUGUCAAUACCCGAAGACAAGCCCUAUAUCGUUUCGGAACGUCAUCGGUACGAGCCAGGAGACACGUUGAGGGCAAAUUGUACCUUGCCACCCUCGAAGCCACCAGCUCAUCUCUCAUUCACCCUGAACAACGGGCCGGUGACUUCCCACAUGAAAUACCAGCCGCAGCAGUCUUCGCAGCAGAAGUGGAAUCAGAACGAUGCCGCGUCACCUGCCGACCAGCAAGACAACCUUCAGUGGAUCGGGAUCAGGCUGGACCUACAACCCGCCCAUUUCUCGAACGGCCAGCUGAAUCUGCGUUGCAACGCCCAGAUACCAGGCAUAUAUUCGGCGAUAAGCGAGGUGCAGCUUGGGGCUGGUCUGCGUGAACCUAUACCGGAGAGAGUGACCUUCGAGAACGGAAGCGAGGCUUCGACGGCCGCAUGUUUGACGAUGCUGAUGCUGUGUAUGCUCCAGCUGCUUUUGAGAUAGUCAUGUCACGCCUGAGGCCACGGAAAGGGAGCUCAUGGGCGUCGCACGAUAAACAGCGCACUAGUCAAAAGGAGAAGCAGAAGAAGGGGCGAAGGGGGGCGGCAGUUGAAGGGUCGAUCGAUCCGCCGGCGGGAAAACCAAUAACACUAUCGUUGAAUCGGCAUUCGAAUAAUUACGUGUUUCUUAGCGUACUACCGAGUUCAGUUUGUUCGAGGAACGAUCGCGAACGCCCUGCUGAUUAUCAUCCCCAAGUGUCGUCCUCGAUCGCGAACGUCCGUCGCGAUCGAGGACACGAUUCGAAUACGGUCGAAAGUUUUACCGAAUAAUUGGCAAAUAACUGCGAGAAAAACGAGGACGCUUCGUCUAGUUGAAACGAACACGUUUCGAGGCACGCGCAGAGGCGCAGGAGUCGCGUACGAUCGUUGCGCGACAAUGCUCAAGCGAUUUCGCGUUUGGUAAGUAACGAGCGAGCGGCUGAUCGUUUGAGGACAGGUCGACGAACCGGUCUUUGAAGUCGCGUCUACGUGUAACGCCGCUCGCAUACAUUUCCACCUGAAAGGAUCGCCGUUCCCUGCCACGUUAUUCUCUUCCGAUCCCAUCGACGAACACCGGUGAAAGAACGUAGCCAGAGCGACACAGAGAACCAGUCAAGGAACACCGAGUCCCGAACGAACGGGGAACUCCACUUCAGCACGCGUACAAGGUUCUCGUCCUUCGACGCGAGGGCGCCUAUCGAAUGUCCUGUCGCCUGCUCCCGGGGAAGAGGACGUGCGUGCCGUUGGCGCCGCUCUACAUCCGCUCCAGCCAUUGUUCGGCUGGCCAAGUGAAGAGCCUGAGGGGAGGACCGAUCGUGCGAUUUUUACGCGAAAGGAGUUAGUCGAGAGAGGCGCGCCCGGGAUUUCAAACUUUUCCUUUCCCUCUUCUUGCGUCCUGCGUAGCCGUGGAAAUGCUAUCGUUUCGUUGCAACGGCGUUACUUCUGCGAGAGGUGGUACAUCCUCGGUGGAGGUAUUCGCGAGGGUAGUUACUAGAGGUCACGGGCUCGAAUUUGUGUUAGAGUAUCCGUGCUUUAAAUACACGGGUAAUUGUGGAGUUUGUUAUUCGUGUAGGCACUGGGGGUCUCUGUCACAGGUGUAAUUACAUUGAUUUUUUGGAUUGAGGGGGCACUGUGAAUAAUUAGAAGGUCUUUCUCUAUUAACACGUUGAUCACCACGUCACCUAUAUAUGGGUGGCAGUACUUUUCACUGAAACAUGAACAAAAAUAAUUCUGAAAAUUUUGAUGAAGUUACAGAAAUAAAUGCCACGAUAAAUGUUUGAUUAUGUAGUUUCCAAUAGUCUGUGAACAAAAUUUUUAUCACAGUAGAAAUUUUCAAGAAUAUUUUUCUGACAGUGAACGUGUUAAUCCUUUGACUGCGAAGGGCGUAAUUACGGACUGAACGUGUAUCCGUAUUUUAAGUCACGUCAGUUUUAGUACCUGGAUACUAAAAAUGAUACACAGAUACAUGUUAUUAAAUACAUAGGUGUUGGUAUAAUAAAAAUUACAGAAAUGAAAAUGCGAGAUUGUAUUUAAAUGCACGUGAAAUAAAGACCUCUAGUAAAUAUUCGUCCGUCGCAAUCAUCGAGGAUGAUUGUUCGGCAAACGUGUAAUAAUCGAUGGUAGUUUGGUAAACGAGAAUGGCUAGUUUUAACGUGACUAAUUUUUACGAGCGAUUCACCUAAUCUUGUUAUCCUGAUAUGUAAUUAAGAUGUGUGUUCUGUUUCAGAAUUAAAGCGAAAGUUUUGAGAAACCCUCUGGGCUUAAAUUUGAACAAUUUCUCAAUCUUUUUGUGAAUUUUGGACAGCCAUUUUUUUCAUCACCUUCCAACUGCCAGAAUGCUCGUAUGCUUUCCAAAAAUGUUAUACGAUUUUGCAUAUUUUGUGCAAUCCCUGCAGAAAAUAAGUAUUUUAUUUCAACCCUCUAUAACUCAAAUUAUUGUUGGCUUCUGAACAAAAAUUGUGAUAAACAUUCAUAAUAAAAUAUGAAUUGGAAGGUAACUGUAUUAAUUAAAAAGAAUUUUCCAAAUGUAUACCUUUCAAACUCUAACACAUAGUUAUAAACAGAUUUAUUCCCUGCUGACUGUUACGAUAGUACAGUAUUAAAAUUAUGAAAACAAACACUGAAAAUAUAAAUACAUAGACACGCAGGAAUCACACAAUGGUUAUGGAGGGUUAAAUCUAUGUAAUACUCAAGAUGUUGAAUAGUAAACGUUAGGUAAUCACCCCCACAAUGUUAAACGUAAGGGUAGAAAUCGAGGCGAGUGUACGAUUUUAGUUCAUAACACGAAGACAUGUAAUAGAACGUUACGAAUCGUUGCCUGACAUGCAUCGAGAAACAAUGCUUGAAAAGUAUUUUUCCGGAGACGAGAUAUUUUCUUAUAUUUCUCCCCAAAGACGUGUUUUCGCGAAUAUUUUCAUGCUCGCCGGCGUAUGAAUUGUAUCAACAAUCAAGUUUCUCGUUCGCUCAAACGUUUUACAGAAUACGAAAGUUUGCAGUAAAUAUACCUGGUUUGGAAGGAUGUGAGAUCGAAGCAUCGAUGGAGGGAAGAGGAAACUCGAGGGCUGAGACAGAGGUGGAGAUACAACAUUUUUCGUUUCCUUUCUGUCCUACCCCUCUUUCUCCUUUUAUUAGAGGAACUGUAAAACCGCUGAAGGAUACCCCGUGCGUCAAUAAACCAGCCACGUGCCCCGUGUUUCUCUGACUUGGAUAGAGAAAUAGUUCCGUAUUAUUCCGUUGCGGUAGUUCGGUUCAAGUUUUUGCUCUCGGCACAUGCGACUGGACAAUACUUGGCGAACUCGCGACCAUUCACGGGGCAGCGUCGACGUAAAAGGGAAACUGGGCGAGUUUUAUCCUCCGUGCAGGUAUAUCGACGGAAAUUAAACUUACAAGUUACGUCGGGUCCGACAAGACGAGCAAACGUCGAGGAUGUAAAGGACAAUUUUCGAGAAUGGCCCUUUCUCGUUCCCGUCUGGGAACAAAACUUUUUAUGUACCACACGCACCCGUACGUUCCAAGAAAUCAGGAAACAGGAGUGAUUUAAUGAAAUUUAAUUGCCCCAGAUUUUCUUCUGAGCUUUGUUUGUCUCUGUAACCUCACUCAUGAUGAUUAUCUGGUAAAAAUAAUGUACUGAUUGUUCAUUUAUGGUAGUGUUAACAAAUUCAAUUAUCAUUAAUGUAAAGCAAACAUGAAUAAUAAUAGACUAAUUGUUUGUUGGUAAUAUGUACUAUUGUACGGAGAAGGACGUUAAUCUUGAGAUGACUUCUGUUGGGUUGAGUAUGAAUUUGUAGCAUUUUUGAAAGAUACCUAAUGCUAUUUGUGAUAAAAUAUAUUGGUAUAAUGCAAGAUAUGAUACACAAUAAUAUAAUUCAUAUAAUAAAGGUAAACAAGCUAAAUAAUGUUGCACAAGCCACGAACAGAAUAGAAAAUUGUUUCUAUUUUAUAUUUGAAAUUUGUUUUUAUAUCAAUCACUUCAAAAUAGUAUUUACUCUAAAUACUAAUUCCGUGUUAUAAUAUUUAUAUUUUUUUGUCUAAUGUGUAUACCGUUUACUUAUAAUUAAACUAAUCGGAACAUUUAAGAAAGCAAAGUAAGCUUUAAAUAAUCUAGGAGUAAGUCAGUUGAGACUCAAGAAGUCCUCCCAGGGUUACCAUAAAAUAUACAAUAACACACAAUAAUGAAAUGCAUAUAAUACAAUACAAGAAUACAUUAUAACAUGACAAAUAUAUUGCCACAAUAAUAUCACUGGUUAGUGGAAUCUAUGAGACAAAAACAAACUAUAUUUAGCAAGCUUUUGAAUAUCUGGUUAUAGCGUUGUUAGGGAUAAGAGAGAGAGUUGCAAAUAUUUUAUUGUUAAUAUUUAUAUAAUAUAUAAAUAUUUAUAUAAGCUAAUUUAUAUAAUAUAUAAAUAUUAACAUUCUACAUGUAUUAAUUUAAAAAAAUACGUAUUCUAGUAUAAUUUAAUCGUUCACAAGCUAUUAUGAAUCCUCCUGAUUCUUUAAACUAUACAGAUGCAUGGUACGUACAUAUUUUUAUUUCCCGUCGAUCAUCAGAAACGACCAUUUUCCAACAUUUUCCUUUCCAGCUUUAUAGAAAUCGCAAACCAGCGACCGACGAAGCUUUCGCGAAAUCGAUGGGCGAGAGUACGUUAAUGUCCUCGAGGGAUGCUUCUGUUCUUUUUUGUACACAGAAGCUUGCUGAAACAUUUUUGCGCGAUUUUACGUGUCAUACAGAGUGAUACAACGACGAGAGCAAACUCCGUAGCGAAUCGUACAACGAAAAGAGGAGAAAAUAAGAUAAACAUUUAUUCACUCGUUUCGUCCGGGAGAAGAGAGUGGUUUCAGUUGGAACGAGUUUGGAAAUAAAAUUCAUCAGAUAAACGCUCUUUUUUUUAUAUUAACGCAUCGCGCUGUGCUCGCGACGAACCGACGUUUCGUGUGCUCUGUUCGUGUGUUCUUAUUUGCACUAUUGUAUCUUUCAUCUACCGCUGUAUCGUCGAGUUUCGUAGAGAUUACAAAUGCACAUCAUCGUCCAGGGAUUCGAACGUGUCCUAACGUGGCGUGCGUGUAGAUAUUUUCCCGCCGGGAUAAAAAAAGAAAGCAAGAAAAGAAAAAUGAAACGGAGGAACGAAUUUCCGUAAGCCUCGACGUAGGUUUCGAGAAAAAGUAAUUUCGAACGCGAGACUACUUUAGGUUUACCGGAACACGGACGAGAAUAGUUCCAAGUAAAUAGAGCAUCAAAAUACGUUCAGAAAAAAAUCAUUAUUUAUUCCAGCUUGUUGAGAACAUCGUAUUGUUGUGGAUAAAAUUAUCUACUGGAAUUCAAUUAACGAUUAACACGUCAUCCAGAUGCCAAAGUAGUUCGUUACACUUUGAUUGUUCGAAAAAAUCGUACUUAAUUACCAAAGAUUCGAUUCGUUGUCGUUCGAAAUUGAAGUGAAGAAUUCGAAGAACGUAUUUCGAGUGAAAGUAUAGUUCUUCGAAGCCGUAUACGGUAAAUUUUCCACCGAUUAAUGUUAAUCCAUUGGCAUCGAUGGCUGUCGAAAACACGGCCAGAAAAUCCGUCGUCUGUCAAACGGUCGCAAUAUUAUAUUAUUAAUUCUUAGAAUUAUUUUUACCUCGUUGUUAAGAAAUGACAGCAUGUAUUAUAUAUCGUUUUGUAAGUAAUCAACCCUGUGUGCAUAAUUGAUCACUUUUGUUGGAAAUAAAUUAGUGUAAUUUAUAAUA